AUGGCGAAGCCUGUCCCUCCGGCCUAUUUGAGAACGAAGCUCGUCCCACAUGCCCAGAAAGUAUGUGACCUGUAUAAAGCCGCUCUUUAUAACAUCAAAGCCCAAAAGUUGGAUCAGUUCGAGGCUGUUCUUCUUCGUGCCAGAUUUGACCGGAACAAGGAUGUUAAGGACCCCGUGAAAGCAAAAAAGCUUUUGGAAGACGGAUGGAAGGAGCUUCAGAAGAACAAAGCCGCAUUUCCAUUUCUAUGUAACUUUGAUCUAGAUCCUACCUCUCCUGGAGGCGUUGCCUACGAACGCUAUGAUUUCCACAGACCAGAUUACUUACUGGAUUUCUGGCACCCUUUGGAAAAACUGCAAUAUCCUGACUACUUUGCCCUUCGCGAGAAGAGGAAGGCGGAAUUCAUUGAGAGAUGGAAAGCACGUUACGGUGAACCCAAAGCGUUGGGAUGUGAAAUUGGCGAGGAUCCUACUACCGAGGUGUAUGUUUAG